UGACAGACAAAAUGGCUGGGGAUAAAGCUAGCUGCCUGGCUAAUGUAAACAUCCACUAAUAGUACACUGGAGCAGGAGCGACGAUAACGUUACUCGAUAGCUUUGGCACUGCGAAUAAGACUGUUUCGGUCUUCUGGUCCCCCCCCAGCAGUCCUCCUGACUUUGGUGAAAAAUGAUGAGCCAGCGGCGUGGGAUCCAUCUGGACCAAUCAGAGCUGCUUUGCAAGAAAGGAUGUGGUUUUUAUGGAAACACUGCUUGGCAGGGCCUGUGCUCGAAGUGCUGGCGAGAGGAAAAUCAGCGAGAAAAGCAAAAACAGAUUCAAGAAGACUGGGCACUUGCUGAGAGGCUACAGAGAGAGGAAGAGGAAGCAUAUGCAAGCAGACAUCAGAAGGCCCAAUCACAGCCUACCAUCACACCCUUCAGCAAGUUUGAAGAAAGAAAAACUAAGGAAAAGUCCAGCAAAGUUAACACAGUCACUAAGUUUUUUAUUCCUUCCACAAAAACACCACCAAAAAAAGAUGGUGCUCCUUUUGAUACACAGUCCAGCCCAAGCCCAAGCUCCUCCUCAAGCCGGCAGUCCUGCGUGGACAGCGACCAUGCAACGCGAGAGUUCAUUGAUUUUCUCAAGCCUCUGAAGUCUGGCAGGGAGAUCUUCAAACAGUGCCGGGCUUUCACUGAAAGCAUGGUCUAUAAGCGAGACAUGGGUGCUGAUGAGCUGUCAGAGUGUGUGCAAGACUUCUACCAGAACCUCUCAGAACGCCUCCAGACCCAGUUCAAAGGUUCGUCAGAUCAUGUAGAAAGCGUUAUGGAUGAAGUAGAGAAGUACAUGAUGACUCGUCUCUACAAGGAAGUCUUCUGUCCUGAGACCACAGAUGAUGAGAAGAAAGACCUGGCCAUUCAGAAGAGAAUCAGAGCCUUGCACUGGGUCACCAUAGAGAUGCUAUGUGUUCCUGUAGAUGAGGAGAUCCCCGAGGUUUCUGACAGUGUAGUCAAAGCCAUCACAGAUGUGAUUGAAAUGGAUUCGAAGCGUGUGCCGAAGGACAAGCUGGCAUGUAUCACUCGUUGCAGCAAGCACAUCUUCAACGCAAUCAAAGUCAGCAAGAAAGAAGCUGCGUCAGCAGAUGACUUCCUUCCCACGCUCAUCUACAUUGUGUUGAAAGCAAACCCCCCGCGACUGCAAUCCAACAUCCAGUACAUCACCCGCUUCUGUAACCCCAGCAGACUCAUGACUGGAGAGGAUGGUUACUACUUCACUAAUUUGUGCUGUGCAGUGGCCUUCAUUGAGAAGUUGGACGGUCAGUCUCUGAACCUGAGCUCUGAGGAGUUUGAGCUCUACAUGUCGGGCCAGGCGUCCCCCCACUGGCCACAGGCCAGUGGAGCUUCCUCCUGCUCCCCAGGCAGCGCAGCUCUCAGUCAGGUCCACAAAAGGCUGGACAUGCUCACAGGGCUCGGGGAAAGACAGGAGCGCGUAAUGGAGAAGGCUCGUCAACUGGAGAGCGACCUCAUCGACUGGACAGACGAAGUGGAACAGAAGGUGCAGAGCGUCCUGGAGAGCUUUCCGCCAGAGACACAAAACCCUACCGCAACCACAGCUAGUGGGACAUCUGCAGCACCAUCAGCAAUAGACUCUGAUAAUGUUGAGAAUGAGCUAUUGCCCCCACCACUGCAACCGCAAGUGUUUGCUGGUUGAUAUGAAAAGCUCUGCUCUGAAAAAAAUCUAGAGGCUUUACUCCACCCUCCCCCUUUUCCUUGCUGUUAAACUUGGCUGUUUGUAUGCACAUACAGCAGCUGUCUGAUAUGGAUCCCAUUUCCACUCCAGCCAUCUCAAUUCCAUCCAUUAUCCUAGAGGCUCUGACAAUAAACUGAAAAGUAAUGGAAAAAUUGAUUUAAAAGAAUAGUUUGGCAUUUUGGGAAGUGCCCGUAGCUUUAAAGUUAGAGUUAAAGUUAGAGUUAAAGGAGAUGAUUAAUGCAACUCAUAUCUGUACAGUAGAAAGUCACAAAAUCCACCUAUCCACCUUGUGAAGCUCAACAGUCAACACAUUAUAUCUUGUUUGUUUAGUUUGUAACACAACACAAAAGUGUAAAAACAACAAGCUACUUCUCUUUGUACAGAUUUGUGAGCUUUAUAAGAGCUAGUAGGUGAAUUUUGUUGCCUGUGGACAGGGUUACCUGUAGAUUCAUUAUGCUAAGCUAAGCUAACCAUCUCCUGGCCCCAGUUUCAUUUUUACCAGACAGAAAUGAGAGAGGCAUCAAUCUUCUCAUGGAACUCUUGGCAAGCAUUUUUCAAAAUGGCAAACUAUUCCUUUAACAUCAGGGAACGUGAGGCAGAGGAUAAGUACACUCCAAGUCUUUUGUCCUGGAUCCGUGGCGAAGCCCUGAUGUUCUGCAUCUAUUACAGUUUCAGUUCAGUUUCAGGAUAAGCAGACUUGUACUGGCACCCUUGACCCAACCAUGUGCUUUGGUGUUCCCAGGCUAUUAAUCCCCCUCCAGUGUGUUCUGACUGUUGCUUCCUCUAAGUGGGGUCUUCUGGAAAACCCUUCACAGAGUGUUGUCCAGGAGGCAUCCUGAUCAGAUGCCCAGACCACUUCAUUUGGCUGCUUUUAAUUCAAAGUAGCCGACUGACUCCACUCCAAGCUUGUUGCAAAUAUCUAAGUCGGCCACCCUCAAUGGCAUUUCCAGUACCUCAGUACUUCUUCAUCCUUGUUAUUGUUGUUACAUUUGUGCAAACAGGAUAAAUGGUUGGGUGUGAUUUUUAAACAUGUUUCUGUCAUUAUUCACAACUUGUUAAGUGGAGGCUCAAAUUGACUUAGAGAACCCUGCUGCCCAAGUGGCAUUUAAUAAUAUAACAGUACAUUUCAGUAAAAUAUGUUUUUGGGAAAUGAAAUGAAAAAGUCUUAAUGAUGCAAACCUUAACUUCCCCUUACUAAAAUAUCCCUCCAGCCCAUGCUCAUGAUUCCUGCUGUAUUUACUGUGUAUGUUACUAGCCUCUGGAGAAGUUUCCAGAGAGAAAGACUAUUCACGUGUGUGGCAGUUGUGCAUGUGGGAAAGUGUGGGUGAGUGUGUGUUGCAUGGACAUGUUCCGUUAAUGUCGAUAAAUCAUAAAAUCCUCCCGCUGUGUGUGUGGAUAUUGUAGUCUCGUUUUCAUGCCAGACCUCUCACUCCAGCCAUAAGCUGGAUGUACAGUGAUUUUAUUUUUCUAUAGAAUGGCAGGUAUCAAUUCUUCUGGAUGCAAUAGGAGACAUUAAUCCUGUAAUAUUUACAGUAGUAAUCUUGUUAAAGAAAAUUGUUUGAAGACAUGUUACAUGAAUUCUAUUGGUUGAAUAGUAAAAUGUUCAUCUUUUCAUUUAUCUUCUCAAGAGGGUGUCAUAAGCAUAUUCCAUCAAAAAAUAAAAAUCAGUUUUAGGCGAAUUAUAUUAUUGUUUUGCUCUGUAAGAGCUGUAGGAUGAACUAGGUAACACGGUGGCAAGGCUUCUGUUUCAUUUUGAAGCUCUUAAUUCAGAAGAACAUUGAAUGAAGGAAGUAAUUGCUAUAUUCAGUUGAAAGGAUGAAGGAUUAUUGGUGAAAACUGUGUUGGGGGCUUUUACCACACAGAUGUUUUUCAACCAAGUCUUUGUAUUUGGCAGUUGUAUGUUUGGAUAAUGUUAAAGGGACAUUUUUUCCCUUUGCCCAUUAGCUAAUAUUUCCUUAUGCUGCUAGAGCUGAAUCUUUUGUAGUUCAUAUUUUUGCAAUAGUGUAGUCAGUGUGCCGUUGCUUUCCAAUUAUAGUUUGAGAAAAAGCUUUUAAUGCAAACAACAGCUUGAAUAACUUCAUUGCACUGUAUGCAGAAGCCAUUUAUCAGGUAUUUUAAAGUUUGAAGCAUCAUGUUUGUAACCUUAUAGGUUUGUCAUUGUAUUACAUGGGAGAAAGUAACUUAAUACUGUCUUUUAUUUAAAUGUAACUUAUUGGGGCAGUAUUAGUAUAUUUGCAUCUAUGGGUGUGUGAUGAUAAUGAAUAAAAAUUGAAAAUGCA